AUGGGUGUGGCCUGGCUCCGCGCGGCGCGGCACGGCUUGUCACGGCGCGGCACGCGUGUCAUUGCGGCCACCCGCCUGCAGGGGGUGCGACUAAGGCGGCGGCCAAUAGCGGCGGCGCGGCGGCUGUUGGCGGCGCCGGCGGUGCCGGGGUGGAGCGCGCGGCAGCGCCCGGUUAACAGGAACAAGAAAGAUAUUUCUGGGACUGUGAUGGAGGAUGCUCAAGAGAUUGGCAAGCUUGGAGCCAGAUCCACACAGCACACUUGCCACACUGCUCUGAAGAAGCCUUCAAAUACAUCUCAGAGAGCAGGAGGGGUGUGUCCAGUGCAGCCAGGGAACAAUGCGAUGUUUCCUGCUUCUGCACAGGCUAGAGGCAUGCUCCCAUCUUCAAGCUCUGGUCAACUAAAUCCAGGCAGGAGCCAGAAGUUUGCACAGGAGACUGUCACUGCAGCAGCACCUCAGGUGGGAAGUGACCACCCUCCUCCAGGAGCACCUCACACCCUAAAUGUGGGGCUGCAGGACAGGCUUGUCUGCAACAAGGAAAACCACAGCCCACAAGCCUCCACAUCCUCAGAGCUGAUCAACACUUUCCAACCUAUCAGAACUCAGCCAUUGCAGCCCUCUCAGUUCCUUCCUACUUCUGCUAAUUUGAUACAUAAAAACCCAGGGACAAAGCAGGAAGAAAGGACUGAUGUGAGGCAACCUGUCACAGCUCCAAGGGGAAGUCUUAAGCAGCACAGCCAGCCUCACCCAGUGAGAAGAUUUCCCGCCAAGCCUCCCACCUUGGGCAAGCCCCAGGGCAGCACAAACCUGAAAUCCAACCGGAACCCAGGUGUCACUUUGCCAUGGCCAAGGCCCAUGGUUAAAGAAGUGACGGGCAGGAAGGACAUGAAGGUGGUGCCUCCUCGACACACAGCAGCAUCCCAAGGAACAAGCCACCCAAACCAGUCUCCCAGCUUACACAACUCCAAAACUCACGUCCUUGAGGAUGAUUUGAGAAGUAGGAGUGAACAGCUUAAACCAGAGCUGCCCAAGGCAAGUGGCAUGCAGGCUAGGCGCAUUCCAAGGAUCCCAUCAGCUCCAGAUCGUAAGAAAGAGCUGGAGGAGUGGGUGGCAUCCAAAGGCAAGACCUACAAGCGGCCACCAAUGGUGCUGCUUCAGAAGCAGGCAGUGAAGCCAUCCUGCAUAAAGGUCAAAGCAAAGGAGAAGCAAGAAAAUCCAGAGAAGUGCUGCCAAGAAAAGAUCAACAACAUAUUAACUGAAUGCCAGAAGCUCAUUGAGGAGGGUGCCCAUGCAGAGGAGAUCUGGGAAAUGCUGUCCCUUGUGCCCCAGGCAGAGAAAUUUGCCAAAUUCUGGAUCUGCCAAGCAAAGCUGCUGGCCCGGAGCGGCUCCUUUGAUGUGAUGCAGCUGUACGUAGAAGCAGUCUGUGCCGGGGCUGAGCCAAUUGAAGAGGUCAGGAGAGCUGCUAUAAAUAUUUUGAAGAAUGGAGGCCAAAAACUGGAAGGAGAAAAGGCAGAGGAACCCAUUCUUCAGGAGCCUACCACGCCUUGUCCAGGUGAGAGGCAGUCCACAGUGUCAACUCCAGGCCUGGUGGGGAGACCCAUGACCUCCCUUCCCUCCUCAGUGAAGUUACAAGUUACAUCUGCAUGCAGAGGAAGGAAAUUCCUGGAAGGCUCAGAAUUGAAAUUUGUAACACCCGUGCGGCGCUCACAACGGAUUGAGAGGGUUGGGAGUCACUACCCAGAGAUGCUGAAAGACCAUGACCCUGUGGUGUCAUCCCUCAGUGAAAUUCUGGAUGCUGAGGAGGAGACUUGCUUCUUCUUCCGGAAAAACAAGGCUUUGCCAGAAGUGACAGAGCUGGAGGGUUUGAGUUCUUAUCCCCCCAAGAGCUCCUGAGAAGUUCCCAGCAGGUAUAGGCUGCCUGCCCACUGUGCUGCCUCGUACGCACUCCCUUGACUGCUCUUGCUGUCCCACAGAUGUAGAGGGGAGGGGAUAGCAGAGAAUAAGCAUGUUUCAAAUAUCUAAUUGCAGUUUUAAACAUCUAAUUGUAGUCUUAAACAUUAAACUUUGCAGUGGA